AUGGCGCCUCAUCCCAGCAACCCAAGGCUGCCUAUUUGGCACACGGGCGACUCGUCGCAGAAUCCCACCUCCGCUCCUCGUGGCGACGGUGACGGUAAUGGCUCUGAGAAUCAACAAACAUCGCAUGACUUCGUGCUAGGAGACAUUGGCCCUUCAUAUCAAUCAACUUCGAAUCGCUCUCAGUCUCAUCCUGAGCCUGGUCUACCUAAUCUUCAAUUGCACCGCCAGCCUGGUACAAACCAGCUCAUGCUGAGCCAUCAACACGCAAUUCACGGUGGUGGCUUCGCCACUGGAACUUCAAGUUCUCAUAUGGCUAGCUCCCGCGCUCAAGUCACAACCGGAACGCCCGAUGUUGGCAUCAACACAGGUAUGGACUUUGACGGCAGCUCCCAACCCAAUCCGCCUUACACACUGCCGCGCCCAAGUAUUUCCCCUCCACAGCGUCAGACAGUGGCCGGUAAGCGAAAGGCAGACACUCCUGAGCGGCCAUCAGAGUCUACUAAAGCAGCAAAGACUGGUGCAGAUCAGGAUGCUGGAUGGCAGUCACAUGGAGGGCUGGCGGACAAGAGGCUGUCCAGCGGUGGCGAUAGCACCGAGUCGAACAAAAACCCUACUUCCGUUGGCAAGCCUCCUGAAGGCAAGUCCUCCCGUCCUCCAGGAGGAGGCGGAGGCGGAGGCGGAGACGGCGAUACUACUUCUGAUACCGAACCUCGGUCUACAGAGAAACCUCUUCGCAGUCUCCCGGAAAUCGUCAUGAGACUCCUUAAAGAUGCUCGACCGAAUGGCCUGGACCUUUACACCAAGAGUAGCCGCCAGUUCUACAUUCGUGUAGGGACACUUUGCUCAGGAACCGACGCACCCAUCCACAUCAUGAAUCUCUUUGCGGCACUCAAGAAUUGUGAAGGCAACCAAGUCUUCACAACCAUCAAUUGCUUUGGUUGUGAGAUUGAGCCCUUCAAGCAGAGCUUUCUGAUGCGAAACAGCAAACCAGAGCUGCUGUUUCGAGAUGCAAGAGAUUUUGCUGAGGGUAACGCAGAGAGAGCUCGACUGGUCACAGGGGCGAUAGCGGACAUCCCAAGUGUCGACCUAUUUGUCGCAGGCACCUCCUGCGUUGAUUUCUCAUCCCUGAGUUCCACGAAGGUCAGGGAUUUCGCUGGACUGGCUCACGCAUUGAAGGAGUGGAAGAUGUUGCAGGAGAAGCACGGUACUAAACUCACUCGUCAACACCUCUCAGAUGACGAUUGGCGCGCAGCGAUAGACGCCAUGCUCGAACAGACUGAGAGAAAAAACACAUCAACCAAGACAUUCGGGGCAGGCAUGAAUUAUAUCAAGGCUCGACAGCCAAUGAUUGUCAUAUUUGAGAACGUUGAGAGCGCUCCCUGGGAAAAAUGGGUCGGCAUCGUCUUCCCUCUGAUGGGUUACGCAGCUACCGUGCAGAAACUGGACACCAAACACUUUCACCUGCCGCAGACACGUUCUCGAAAGUACUUGAUUGCUUUCAGCCACGCGGCCUUCACCUUGCAGGGUGCGCAGACACUAUGCACGCUGUUAGACGAUGAGAUUCUGCAGAAGCUCAAGCACACUCAUUCUAACACGGUGCUCGACUUUCUCCUUCCGCCCAACAGUCUUGAGCUUCACAAAGCUCGUAAUGAAAUGGAGCUCGCUGCGCAGGCAGUGCGUGAGCGGGAGACUAACUGGAGCUUCUCCAAAACUAGGCACUCAGGCUAUCGGAGAAAGAAAGGAAUUCCAGAUCGUCGUGAUUGGAUACGUUGGGAUGAAAAUUCCAGCUCCGAUGCACCGGCUAAUAUGUGGAAGCCGUGGGAGAAUCGGCAGCCAUGCCGUGUUAGUGAUUUGUUGGAGUGCGUGUUCACCACCGGCCUGUACGGAAAGGAGGAUAAGGAUGAGAAAAAGGUUGUACACGGCCAAUACGACCUCCGAUUUAAGGCUCAAGUCAUCGACUGCAGCCAGAAUGUCGACAGACUUGGCCCCACCACUGUGUUUGGUCGCACUGGUUGCCUCACCCCCAACGCAAUCCCUGUGCUCACGCUGGAGGCUCGCCCCAUUACCGGCACCGAAUCACUGAGGCUUCAGGGCCUGCCUGUCGAGAACUUCGACAUGAGCGUUGAGACCCAGGCUCAACUGCAAGAUCUUGCUGGAAAUGCCAUGACGACCACCGUUGUCGGCGCCGUGAUUCUUGCGGCACUCUCGGCCAUAGCUCGAGUGGCCGAGCAAGAAGGGCUCAGCUGGCUUGCGAAUAUGUUCCACCGGGGCAGCUUCAAGAUCAAUGGCAAGAUCCUGAAUUCUUUCCAAGGAGUCAACACGAACAUCGAUCAUGGGCCGCAGAAACUACUCCACAUAAAGCUGUAUGCGUACGUUGUUCCUCGGGCGCAAAUUGCUCAUAAUGCGCGCAUCAUCUCUGAACACCACGCCAUCACUCAAGGCGGUGUACGAGAAAUUCUCGAUCUCGGAGAACGAGCUCGACGACGAUGCGUGUGCCAUCACAUACUUGCUUACAGCAGCAUCGAGCUUCAUGUGUGCACUGUCUGCGGUGCCAGCUUCUGUAAGAGCUGCAAGGGCAAUCCAGAUCAUGCGCUUGUUAAGUCUCCAGAGUCGCUGGAAGAUUUUAAGUCAUUGCCAUAUUCUCAGGCCGAGUACGAGUUCCGGAAACGCUUCCCUCCAAUCCUCUGGAUGCGGUCCGAGACUAAUUCCUUCGUGCCAAAGUUGGACAAAGCCCUCCUGAAAUCGACAUACAGUGAUGCUCAGCGGCUGGAGUUGGCCAAAGCCAUCGUCGAGGGACUCUGUCAUUGCACGUACCAGCUCCAGUUUGUGGAGAUCACCGAUGCCGUUCGCCUGGAGUACACCGCAGAUUCGGCUUUCAUCUUAAGGGCGGUGGUCGAGAAAGCAGAGAUCAUUUGGUACCUCCAUCUUGACGAAUGGUCUGAUGCUGGGAAGAAGCUGUCCGGCGUUCUCACUACGGGCCAGCCAAUCGCUCGGGCUGUUCUCAGACCAGAAGAACAGAAUCAGUUUCCUGGUGCUCGGGUAUGGGAGUUCUGGGUGCCACACAAGAUUUAUUUUCCCCUAAAGUUCGAAGUCCAAGAACAACAGUCACUCUGUCUCACCGAGGUUGGUAGCCUCGGUAGCAUGCCCACCCGAUCCCAGCGCCCAAUCAAGGAACUUCAGGGCAGUGUCUGGACAUUUCAUCCCGAGUGUGGAUUCCCUGAGCAUGCCCUAUGGGUUUAUGAUGGCUAUCACCAAAAGCUAUUCUUAUUCAAGAACAUUGACCCGAUCGGCCGCGCUCAGGAGGACGUGUUUGUGGUAUCGCCCGUGAGCCGCGAUAUGGGCCAUACGCCCAUCCCGGAAACCCGACCAGUACUGAUGCAAUUUGACGUAUCGGAUCAAAUCCACCGAAACUUCAAGAACGUCUUGAUAGACGACGGAGACUUCCUGAUCCAAUCAGGGAAGACACUGCCGAUCCAAGGCUUCGUUGACGGCUGGUGGGAGAGCCUGGACAAACACGGCGUCCGCGUCGAAGCCUUUCCCAACUUCGGAUUCGAGGAUGUGAGAGCCCUUGCCAAGGGAGCCCCAACAAGCAUUCGGAGAUGCGAUAGUCCCAGCGCUGCGACCGACUACAACUCCUGCGACAAGUACCAGAGCUUGCUCACGACGUCUCUCCCGAUAAUUGGGAAGGACGAAGAAGCUGUAAAGAUACAAGAGGUUCUCAAAUCUCUUGAUCUGGUGCAGCAGUUGGACCUCGCAGAGUUCGCUAGAUUGAUUGGUCCUUGCUACUCCGCUGUGGAAAUGGGUCUUGUCGGGACUGGUAACAAAGUCUCGAUGAUUCAAGAGGAUGUGGCGCUUUCAUCAGACUGUGAGACCUGCGCUCCGAGGAUUCCGGAGGUGCACUAUGUCAAAGCAGAGACAAGCGGAGGCAUGGGCUCACGCGCCAGCGGAUCUGUAGUUGCUCGACACAGUGAUCCGGACCAGCAACACUACGAACAUGGUUUGCAAUCAAAGCCGACGGCCCUCCGAAUCGAUCACAACGUCACGGCGGAAUUCAAUGACUGCGGAAUGAAGAAGCAUGGAAACCGCUACGUUGACAUCCGCUUUGUGGCUAAUGGACAUGCCCUGCUUCACCAAGCACGUGCCCAUCUUCCCCAUCAUCCAGCUCAUUAUGGCGACACCACGGAGACUACGGGAGCUUUCACGAUGGAAUUUGGGGUGAUUGAAAACCCGAGGGUCGUCCUCCCACUAGCCAACGUCUCGGCUCCCGAGCCUGUUGCAUGUGAGGACGCAAUACAGCCUUCCGGUUUCCAACGCGGUCUCUCUCUCUUCAAGGAGCAAUCUGACUCCUUGCAAUGGAUGCUAGCAAGGGAGGAAGUAGAACCAACGACGCACUUUGUUGAAACGGAGGUGGCAGAAGUAUACCAUGAAAAGUUCCAUUUACGCGUUCGCGCAGACGCCAAGAGACCUGUUGUCCGCCGCGGUAGAGUCGUGGCUGACAACGUCGGCUUUGGCAAGACUGCUGUCUGCCUGGGCCUCAUUGACGUCCAAAACAAAACUGAUCGAAGGGACUUUCUCGACAUGCGACGCAGAAAUGACCAUCUCAACGGACUGGUUCACCUCCAUGCAACCUUGGUCAUUGUUCCGAAUCAGCUGACCCAGCAAUGGGUAAACGAGGCAAAGCGAUUCCUGAGCCCAAGGCAAUACAACAUUGUCAAAAUCGAGAAGUUCAACGAGCUUCAGAAGCAGGGCGUUGCUGGAUUGAAGAGGGCGGACAUUAUUAUUUGCAGUAACAAAGUCUUCCAGGAGAAUGUCUACCACUCAGAGCUGUCUAGGUACUGUGGCAGCAACGGCCUUGACAAAAUUCGGACGCUGCAGAAAGUCUACCGCGCUUGGUACAAGCGACUCCAAGCUCAUCUGAUUCAAGUUCGAGACGACGUCGUGCAGAUCCUCGAGCAGAAGAACCAAAACUUGGCACGGCAGCAAAGAAGAUCACUCAGACGCGACUUGGCACAAAUAAGAGACCAUCACCAAAAUCGUGAUGGUGAGGAGGGGCUCUCCUUCGUCCCAUCCUUACCGGAGGCCAAGAAGCCUCGUGGAAAGGCGGCCGCAACGGCUACACAAGUUGGGGACAUCGAUUGGGAGCCUCUACUGCUCCUCGAGUUCUUCAGCUUCUCGAGAGUCAUUUGGGACGAGUUCCCGUAUGAGAAUAUUCCGGUCACAGAGUUUGUGGCUAACUGUGCCACGACCUCAAAGUGGAUGCUUUCCGGUACGCCUCCUUUGGAAACGCUAGGAGACAUCUGUAAGGUGGCCUAUCUUUUCAAUGUGCACGUGGCACGUCCGUUGCAAAUGAUAAAGGGACGUCAGCCUCCAGUAUGCGAGCAUGAGCCACUAGCACCGCACUCGGAUCUCGAAUCUACCAGUCUCUUUCAGAGUCGGCACUCUCCGAUGGUGUUGUUGGAACGACACGAGCAGUCCCUGGAUUUUGUACGUGUCUUCAUGCGCAAGAACGACCGCAAGACAGAAGUUUGCAAGGUCGACAUACCGCUUGUGUUGGCCAUGUCGCCGCUUUCCCUCCUGUCCUACGCAGAACUUCAACUAGAACUUCGCAGCCGUCAGUACAAUGCAAAUAACGUCGGGAGCGAUGCUCGACGACGUUUAAUGAGCCGGAUUGCGUGGAAGGGAAAGGAGAAUGGACGUGACCGCUCCAUGGAGGCACUGAUGAUUCGCGCCUCCGCCUCUUCCGAGGACGUCCUGAGGCAGUCUGGCUUGACCGGGAGAACAGACCUCGAAGCUUGUAAGGCGCUCCUUGCCAUUACUGAGAAAGAAAUCCAGGGAAUGGAAGACCGCGGUCGCGAACUAUUUGCCAAGGCGGUUUUCUUGGGUUAUCGGCUUACUUUUAUCACGAUUCCAAAGACGACAAACUCGCAGAGCACCCAGGAAGAGCGUCAGUUGAGCUACUACGAAAAUCUGGUUGAACUGGUCGAAGCUAUCCUAAAUUUCGACAUCAACAUCUUCCAGAGUUGGGAUGCUUUCCAGUCAGCCAUGCGAAUGUUAAUAUGGAGCGAAGGAAUGCGGACUGCGCUCGGUGCAUUCAGACAUCUUCCUCGGGACGCACUUCCCGACUUGUUACGAAAGAUUUUCAAUGGCAUGUCGAUUUGCGAACCACCGGCAGAGCAGCCGGUGUGGCCCUCAGGGGACAGAUUCAAUGGAAAUGCCAAAGAAGAAUUUCUCAAGAACCUAGCAGCCCAGAAGAAAUACCACGAAAUCUUCAGGGAAUGGCUCACCAAGACUCCGCUUCACUCAAGACGAUGGUACUUCGCUGAUAAGGUCCAGGAUCUCGAUCCCGCCGAAGAGGAGCUAUUGAGGUUGGAGUGGGAGGAGAAGGUGACCUGGGAGAACGAAUACAAUGCCUCUGAGGAAGGGGGUUCACGAGUGGUGGUGCCGAUCUCCAAGCUGCGCGCACCAACGGACAUUUCUCGACCUGAUGAUUUCGAUCUGGACCAUUUGAAGGAUAUUGAUGCAUGUCACCGAACGAAGCACGCCGAGUUGCGAAAUGUGAGCGCUGAGGAGGUCAGAGCCAUAGCGGCCGAACUCCACGGCUACAAGGAUACCAAGGUUUUCUGGGAGGAGGAAUGCAACCGACGCGGCCUCAUUGCAAAGAGCACCGACAAGAAGGAUGUGUUGAUCGCCCGUGUGGCUGCCGACAGGGCAAAUAUCGCGACCGACACAGAUUAUGUCUCUCCAGAAUCCUGCGGCCUGAGUCCUGCCGACUUCCCACAAGAAGGCAAGAAGAGAGUCCGGGGCGGAACCAUGGAAGUCAUCUUCGAUCAAUAUAUGCAGGACUCCGACGCAUUUUCAAGGGUCCUCGAGAGGAUCGUUGUCGCGCACGCGAGGCGGAAUCUGCAGAACGUCAUCGCCGACAUUCUCCAGGGCACUUGGGUGUGCCACAAAGCCGAGUGCCGCAAGACGUACGAGGCGCACUACAUCUCGCUCCUUUGUGGUCACAUUUUCUGUGCUCAGCCAGAUCAUGGUCAGCGUUGCGGCGUUGGUGAGUGCCAGCGCCGUGUCAAGCACGUCUGUAUCCCGUUGUCAAAGAUCACACAGCCCGAGCGUGUCAUUGCGGCGGAGUGCCUCUCCGGGGCCAUAACCGAAGAUCCCAGUCCAUACUUGGCCUCAGCACCGGCCUAUGAGCUAUCAACAAAAGGGCCAAAGGCUCGUGCCGUGAUCAACCUCAUCGCUAGAACGAAGAAGUCUGAUCAAGUCGUCGUGUUCGUUCAGAACAUGGCCAUGGAGAAGGACAUUUACAGUGAACUGGCCGCAGCUGGCAUCGACCAUGUGGACUCCUUAAAGCUUCAUCGGAAUGAGGCGGAAAGCCUGGAACAGUUCAAGCAGGGAAAGGGGAAGGUUCUGGUGCAAGUAAUCAACUCCGAACAGGCGGCGGGAAGCAAUCUUCACAAUGCGAACCAUGUCAUCUUUGUCUCCCCUCUCGUCAGCCGCAAGCAGAGCGAGUGGGACGACCACAUGAAGCAGGCAAUGGGACGCUGCGUGCGCUUCCGGCAGGCCAAGACGGUGUACGUGUACCACAUGCUCAUGGAGGAGACGAUCGAGGUGGACACACUGGAGUGGAGGAUGAAGAAGGAGAUCAUCGUGAAGGACGGCCAGGCGGCGGCGCGCUUCAACGAGUGCUCGACGCGAGAGUUCCUCGCACGGUGCGACGACGACAGCACGGCACCCGAGCUGCAGCUUGCCCCAGAAGAGAGCCGCGCGGUGUCCAUCCUCCCCCGCGACGACAUCCAGCAUCUUAUGGGCGACGACUAUCUGAGCCUCGCGUCUAUCAAGGCGCUGCGGACUAUUGACGAGGCUAUUGCGGACAAGGGCGUGGAGCAGACCGAAAAGGUUGAGAUGGGCGAAGUAGACUAUUUGAUCGAGCCCGAGGCUUACUAUGACGGCGCCAUGGACUUUGGCGGUGCCUGA